GUUAUGACAGAAUUCUUAAGAGCAUCCUUUAUAAGUAGUUCUUCAGGGACAGAAAGAUAAACUCAUCAAAAUAAAAUUGAUAGUGGACUAUUCAGAAAAAAACUUAAAAAGAAUAGCAAUUAAAUAAAUAACAGCUAAUUACAAAAAUUUCGAUCAUUUCAAAAUUGUUCUAUCCAAGAUUCUUCAGAUGAAAACUAAUAAUAAAAAGUUAAAUCAUCUAUAAUUGAAUCAGACACUGAUUAAAAUUAAACUUAUUAAAAGUAAUCACCUAUUCCUACAUUGUAAAUUGAUAUUCAAAAAAAUGGAAAAUCAAAGUAGAAAAUACAAACAUAACAAAGAUCAAAGUCCAGAUCUAAAUCACCAAUACACAAAAUUCAAUAAUCGACUUAAUUACUUACACUUUAAUUUGAUUUAAAAUAUAGAACAAUUAAAUUGCCAGUUUUUCUUGAUGAUACAUCUUUCACUUUGACACAUAAAUUGUUAUAAGAAUUAAGUGUUUCAACUACUGCAGCUAUAAUUUCAAAAACUUCAGAUAUUAUCUAAUAGACAAUAGAAAUGUAUAUGACAAGAUUAUAUGAUUGGAUUAAUUAUAAUAGAUUAGGAAAAAUUGAUAGUGCUUUAUGGAAGGCAUAAGCAUAUAAAAACACUAGUUUUCUGCAAGAUUUAGAAGAUGAAAUGAAAGUAGAUUUAUUAUCAUAAUAUCAAUUAAUAGAUCAAAGCUAAACAAUAGGAAAAAUUAAAUUAUAUUAAUUUGGUUAAUAUAUAGGUGAUAUUGCAGUUUAUAAAAAUUAAGACCCUUAAGAAUGUAUUCGAAACUUCUUUUAUUCUACUGGAUUGCAUUAUGACGAAUAGAAAUUCAAUAGGCUUGUAAGUGAAGUCAUUUAGAUAUAAUUAUUGAGUGAUGAAUGCAUUGAUGAAAAAUAUACAAAAGAUGAAAUUGUGACUAAUGUUAAAGUGAGUCAUGAUAAAAUAGUAAAAGUUAAUGCAAAAAGAGUUUGUAAAAAUAAAAUAUAUAUUAUUUUAGAAUUAGAAUCUAGAUAAAAUUAUGAUUAAAUUAAGUGUUAAUCAUAAAUUAACACCUUAAUAAGCUAUUAAAGUGAAAGAUUAGAUAUAAAAAAGCUUUUAUAUUUGAUUGUGUGCACCAUACUCAACAUUAUCAACAUUUCUAUUUAUUUAUAAAUACUCAUCUUUUUUUUUAAUUAAUAGUUUUUCUUCUUUUUUUAAGUUUAAAUUCAUCAAUUACAAAUUCAUUCUCUGAGUGAAUUACCAAGACUGAAGAAUAAGAAAAUCAACUUUUUUGAAGUUCUUCAGACAAAUAGUUUUCUUUUUUAAAGAAGUAAAAAAUAAUAAAUAAAUUAAAGUGUUAUUUUCAGAAAUAUAUUAAUAGAGCAUUUUUAUUAUGA